AUGCUCUCCGCCGGCGAACGACCGCUUCCUCACGCCAAAGUAGACACUGUCACCAUGCCCGACCUCUCCAAUGGAACGGCGGCAGUGCUUCAGGAGAACCCCACGAACCCGGCCCAUAUCCAACACAUCUGGGUCGUCACCGGCCCUGCAGGCUGCGGCAAGAGCACUGUCGGCAAUGUGCUGCGCACCGAACUCGGUGUGCCAUUCCUAGAAGGCGACGACUACCAUCCGGCCGCCAACAAAGAGAAGAUGGGCGAAGGGAUCCCUCUCACAGACGCAGACCGCUGGGACUGGCUGAUCUCCCUCCGACAAGCCGCCAUCGACGCCCUCUCCCCCUCGGAAAGCAACAAGUUUCACCCACCCGCUGGCGUGGUGGUCGCCUGCUCCGCCCUGAAGCGGAAGUACCGGGAUGUGAUGCGCGUGGCGGCGUAUGGGUCCUCCUCCGUCCAGAUCCACUUCGUGUAUCUCAAGCUCGACGAGGAGGUGCUGCUGCAGCGUGUCACCCAGCGUCAGUCUCACUAUAUGAAGAGCAGCAUGGUGCAGUCGCAAUUGGCGGCGCUGGAGGAGCCCAAGGGCGAGUGGGAUGCCAUGACCAUCAACGUCCAGGGGUCCAUGGAAGAUGUCCAGCGCAAUGUGAUUGAAGCUGUGACCGAGAAGCUGGCUGAGUAUGUCUGA